AUGCUGGCUACAAUUAUGCGCCGCACAGCGGCCUCAAACCGCGCUCUUGUGCAAUUGCAGAGCCAACGCCGCCACGGUGGUUCAGUCUCAAAGAACAAGCACAUUGAGAACUGGAACAAUUGGCGAGGCGACUCAGAGAAGCGUUUUGAGCUCAAUGGCAAGUUCUUCAUGUCUAUCGUAGGCUUGGGAAUAUUUCCCUUUACGCUUUAUUACGUCUUGAGCUCCGAAGAACGUCGUACACGCAUCGUGCAUAAGGGCACUUCAGACAGCUUUCGUCAGUAG